AUGUCUGCGGCUUUCAGGAAAGCGUUGAAGUCCCGGCAGAAGGACCAUAAAGAGAGAUCUCAGCCUGGCUUCCGCAAAAAUUUGGGGCUUUUGGAGAAGAAGAAAGAUUACAAGCUCCGUGCUGAGGAUUUUAAGAAGAAAAGAAACACACUCAAUGCCUUGCGCAAGAAAACCCUCGAAAAGAAUCCAGAUGAAUUCUACUUUAAAAUGACAUCUACACAAUUGAAGGAUGGGGCCCAUGUGAUAAAACAAAAGUCAGAAGAAGUCACUGACGAACAGCUUAAAAUCAUGAGGACACAGGACAUUAAGUAUGUUGAGAUGAAGAGAGUAGCAGAAGCCAAGAAAAUUGAGCGUCUGAAAUCUGAGCUCCACCUGCUGGAUGUUCAAGGAAAACCUUUAAAACAAACACACGUUCUUUUUGGACACUAAGAAAGAAGUGCGAAACUUUGACUUGGCAGAUCAUCUAAACACCGCCCCUGAAUUGGUGAAAAGAGUUUAUAACAGACCCACGCUGGAAACUUUACGCAAGCAGACAGUGAAGGGACUUGAAAACUCCAAACAGUUAAAAAAGCUGGCUAAACAGAGGCAGCAACAGUACUCCCUUCUUAACCAAAGAAUAAAACGAGAAAAAAAAAAUGUUUGUGGUUUCUCAGAAAAUACAAAGCCGGAAAGAUCUGCUGGACAAAAGGCAGAAAGUGAAAGUGAAGAAGGAAACUGUGAAUUCUGCAGCAAUAUACAAGUUUAAAAAGCAGAGAAAACGAUAA